AAGAGCUGCAUCGGUGCACCCCAUUGAGUCUACUCUUUGCGUUGUGACAGUCUGCGCGACCUUCUCACUAUGAUCGCUCGUAGCAUCACUCUGGCCCUGAUGGUGGUCGUGGCCCUGUCUGCCUUGGCACUGGCCAUUCCCGCACCCGAGGCCGAGGCCGACGCCAAGGCCAACAGGAGAUUCUUCUUCGGACAUGGAUUGGGUGGAUUCGGCGGCGGCUUCGGUGGAUUUGGUGGAUAUGGAGGAUAUGGAGGAUACGGACAUGGAUACGGCUUUGGAUACAGGCCCUAUGGAUUUGGACACUUUGGCUAAGGACAGAAGCUGAGGAUUCGGACGAUCCUUCUCAACUCCUUCCCCGG